CGUUCGUUGUCGUUGUCAAACAGAGUAAUAAUCUUAAUCGUGUAUUUAUUUAAGAAACGAGGAAAUAAAGUAAUUAAAGCAGCAUUCUAAUUCAUUAUUGUAUUUGUAUAAGGCAGCUCAAAUUAUCGAUUAAGUGGUUAAUUAGCGGGACAGUGUGCAACGGCAAAUUUCCGAUUGUGUAUCGUUUCGAUCGUGAUGGCGGGCGGAUUGUAACAUUUUGGGAUUGAGUGCUGUUUAAAUUGGGCGCCGGCAUGUGGAACAGCGAGAACGUGUCGCCGCAGCGGUCGCGCACGGCGCUGCGUGAACUACGGAGACUGGCGGCGAGGCCCCCGCCAGGAAUCAAGCUGUUAUUGCGAGACGAUGAUCUUUCCGACAUCACUGCACUUAUUGAUGGACCAGCGGAGACUCCAUACUUCGGUGGUGUGUUCCGUGUACAGAUAAAGUUGGGCAAGGAAUUCCCAGCAGCUCCACCUCGUGCAUACUUCCUGACACGCAUCUUCCACCCGAAUGUGAGCCGAGAGGGAGAGGUCUGCGUUAACACACUCAAGCGUGACUGGCGCCCGGAGCUAGGCCUUGAACACGCGCUCCUAGCGCUCCGCUGCCUCAUGAUAGCUCCCAAUGCAGAUUCAGCGCUCAAUGCGGACGCAGCAGAACUUCUGCGGGGACGCUAUGAAGAAUACUUCGCUCGUGCGAAGCUGCUUACUGAAAUACACGCUAAACCUGCCAAAGGACAUGAAACACAGAAUGAAAACACAAAUCUCAUCGGCGGCCUAGACGAGCCCACUCCAGCUAGCAGUGGCGAAACAGAAGCCGAGCCGAGCGCCGCAGAGGCCGCCACAGAAGGCCCCAAGGCCAAGCGCGAGCGGCGGCCGCGAGACAAGCCGGCGCCCGCGCGCGACAAGCGCAAAGUGCUCAAGCGGUUAUGAACUCCCCGGGAGACUGACUUACCAAAUAUUAUGACAUUGGAUUCACAUAUUUAAUAAAGUAAAUUGCGAUUAUUA